UAGAGAAGCCCAUUAAAGAGUCCAAGGCGAAACAGCUCGGAAAAAAUGAAACUACUCUCUUAUCCCCUUCUCUCCAUACGGUCAUCACAUUCAACAGUAUUUUUGGUUUAUUUUUGGAGGCGUGCUGUCGAUAUUAAAUCGUCACACUGCAUGAUCCCUGUUUGAGUUUGGAGAAAUCAUGGAACAUUCACUGAACGUGUCGCAGUCAGGGAGCAGUAAAGGAAAGUGGUCCGGGAAUCCCGCACAGAGACAGGCGAGAAGCGGAUCGUACAGUCCUGGAUCAGGGAGUGGGUCGGACAGCGGUGUCCAGUCUCAAACCCAGAGAAGACACUUGGAGGGGAUUUUAAACAAAUACACCAAUUUACUACAAGGGUGGCAGAACAGGUACUUUGUGUUAGACCCUGAGCUUGGCCAGCUGCAAUAUUUCAUCAAUGAACACAGUAAGAACCUAAAGCCACGAGGGUCCCUUCCCCUCAUCGGUUCCUCGGUGGCCCCAAGUGACGAAUUUCCCUUCAUGUUCACAGUCUAUGCUGCUAAUGGAGAUCAUUUCAAACUGAGAGCUUGUGAUGCCCGCGAGCAGCAGAUGUGGAUGACCCAGCUUCAGCUCUGUGCCCGUCGCCACUCAGACAGCAGCGCCAAGGGUUGUUCAUCCUCUUCCUCCUGCUACAACACCUCCUCCUCCUCUUCCACCGGCCGGACCCACAGCUUCUCCCUGCACCCGCACCCCGUCCCGCAGUGCUCCGCUCAAAGACAGACCCCCCAGCACGGGACGCCCGCCACUGUCAUCACCCAUCACAAGUCCCCCACCGCCGGUCACCGAGCUAAUAGUCAGCACCCUGCAGGACUGCAUCAGGUCAAAGAGGUCAUGUCCCAGGCGGAGGGUCAGCAGAAGAACUUGGUGAACUCCAUCGAGUCCCUGCCGAGCCGUGGACCGCUGUCCUCGCUGGACCAGGAUCUGCUACUGCUGAAGGCCACAUCCGCCGCUACGCUCAGCUGUUUGGGAGAAUGCCUGAGUAUUCUUCAGCACAAUGUGUGCCAGGCUGCUCAGCACAUCACCCACGGCCACACACAGGGAUCUAAUACAGAUAACAUCUCUGGUUGGUCGAGGCCCAAAUCUGCUUCAGAUGAUUAUGUGAAGAACGGAGAACUGACAGGUCACAACACUUCUCCUAGGCAUCAGCCACACUCCCCGGUGCACAGGAAUAAAGAACGAUUUAAAGAUACUGAGAACUCCAGUCCAGACUCUGUGGACUCCAGUGAGGAGGUCACAGACUCAGAAGACAAUGAAGAGGAAGACCUUGGAGUAUUGGAUGACCAGAGGAGCAUCAUACUACAUCUGUUAUCUCAGCUCAAACUCGGCAUGGACCUCACGCGGGUGGUUUUGCCAACAUUUAUUCUAGAGAAGCGCUCGCUUUUGGAGAUGUACGCCAACUUCAUGGCUCAUCCGGACAUGUUCUUGGCCAUCACAUCCGGAACCACGGCCGAGGAACGCAUCAUUCGAUUUGUGGAAUACUACCUGACCGCCUUUCACGAAGGUCGCAAGGGUGCUGUGGCCAAGAAGCCUUACAACCCCAUUCUGGGGGAGAACUUCCACUGCAUAUGGGACGUACCGCGAGAUAAAGUGCGACCCCUGAGGACUACAAGCUCAAGCCCGGCCCCUGCGGUCGCCCCCUCUGUCCAAACUUCCUCCACAGAGGGUGUUGGAUCUUACCGGUUGCAUUUUGUGGCCGAGCAGGUGUCCCACCACCCUCCCGUCUCUGGAUUCUACUGUGAGUGUAAGGAACGCCGGAUAUGUGUUAACACCCAUGUCUGGACUAAAAGCAAGUUUAUGGGCAUGUCUAUUGGAGUGUCAAUGGUCGGAGAAGGAGUGUUACAUCUCUUAGAUCACGAUGAGGAGUACGUGUUCACCCUGCCCUCCGCAUACGCCCGCUCCAUCCUCACAGUGCCCUGGGUGGAAUUGGGUGGAAAAGUUUCCAUCGCCUGCCCUAAAAGCGGAUACUCUGCCACUGUCACAUUCCACACUAAACCCUUCUACGGAGGGAAAGUUCACAGGGUUACAGCCGAGGUAAAGCACAACCCCACCGGCACCAUCGUAUGCAAGGCGCAGGGGGAGUGGAAUGGAACUUUAGAGUUCACCUACAGCAGCGGAGACACCAAAGUGAUUGACACAUCCAAACUGCCGGUCAUUAGGAAAAAGAUCCGCCCACUUGAGAAACAGGGCCAGUAUGAGUCAAGGCGGCUCUGGCAGCAUGUCACUGUAGCACUGAAGGCGGGAGACAUGGAUACUGCCACUGAACACAAACACCAGCUGGAGGAGAAACAGAGGAGGGAAGGGAAGCAAAGAACUGCCAGCAACGUCCCCUGGAAACCAAAGUACUUCAUCAAAGAGGGGGAAGGAUGGGUGUACCACAAACCUUUAUGGAAGACAGUGUGAUAAGCUAAACUGGAUCCACGUGAUGUUGGUCCCUCACAGACCUUCGUAUAGAAGUGGCCAUGUAAGAGAGGGGCUGACCUACCUAUGGGACUUGAGGAGCUGGGAAGGGGAUCCAUUUCUUCCAUGUUACGGAGAGCGGACAGGUGCCAAAAACAGUACAUGGACUUGAAGGUGGUUAAAAUACCUCAAAAGCCACUUUGGAUGAUGGACGUUUGGACGUGGAGACCCAAAUUGACAUUGUGCAAUAUCUUUAUAUUUGUAUAUUACUUCUAGUAUAUUGGUAAUCAAUUACUAAGUGAUUAUUCACACGGGACAAAGACGUAGCGUCUGUAUCAGCAAAUUAGUAAUGAGUUGUUUUAUGGUAUUAGGACACAGAGGCAGAUACCUGCAGAUAGCAAUGUUGUGUAAAAGAGAUCAAUGAGCACAGAUCUGAGGUGUUAUAUAAAGUGACAUCACUUCUCAUGUUCUUAUGAUUUGAAUAGUUGUUGAGAUCUUUACCUUCCGUGAUUUCUGAAGGCCUGGGUGAUUCUCACGAAAUCCAGAUUUAGGUGUCCAGCAUCAGAAUUUUUAAAAAGCCCUUGAACCCAUUUUUUUUGCACAUAUAAGAUUAAGGUCUGAACUUACUAUAACCAUUAUUUUUAGAGGAUUUAAAAAAUAUUUCCUAUAGAAUUAUUUACAUUUUUUAGAUUAUCAUUACCGCAACAUGAUAUUACACUAAAUAUAUGCAUUUACAAACUCAUGUUUCGGUAAUGAGAACUAAAAAGUUGUCUAGGUACUAUGACAAACAAAAUGUCAACUUUUAUCUGGAGAGAAAAAAAAUAAGUGCUUACCUGGUAGCCAUCUUGAGUGUCACAGUCAAUUAUGUCCCUUCCAACAAUUAUUUAUUUUAAUGUUAGUUCCUUGAAGGCUUAAACAAUGAUAGAAAAUUGUUGCGGAGGAUGAGAAAAUUGGUCUUGGACACAUUUAUAUUCUUUAUUAUUGUUUCUACAAUUACCAAUAUACCACGUUUCUUUACUCUAAAUGUUUAUAGUGCAACAUGCACUGAAGCUUUUUUUAUUAUAAAUAUUUCAACGUCAAAGAACCCAUAUCCAGUCAUGGACAAGUUGCGGUAAUGAAAAAUUUCCCCUUAAAUGUGAAAAAAAUUUGGUUUGUAUGAUGUCAUUUGACUUCAUGUGCAAAAUUGUACAUGAAGAGAUGUUUGUAACUGUAUGCUUCUGAUGCUUUGAUAGCAUUUAAUAUGUUUCAUAACACCUCACAAGUCAAAUUUUGCGAGAAUCACCCAGAGUUAGGUCUUCAACAUCCAAAAAAAGAAAACAGAAAUGCAUUUGCAGCGUGUGGACAUCUGUCUGGACGUGCACCUGUACUCAGCUUGAGUUUGGAUGCGAUUACCAACCUGGUAUUUUUCCACAAAGGUUUUGUUCACUGAAUAUGGAUUGUCACUGAUCUACAGGCACAUUUCAGUCGCUUAUUUAAACUUCUAUUAAGUGUGAGUUCAUUUAAGCAGAUGUGAAAUGUGACCUUUUGACAGAACUGGGAUUUUUUUAUUCUUUAUCCAUUACACUUAUUUUAGCUGUAUCAUUCUGUAAAUCAACAUGAAUUAUUAAUCCUUGCUUUUACUCAAGAAUCAUCGCACACCCCAGCAAAAACUGUAACACUAUAUUUGUGUAAGAUUAAAUGCUAUUCUUAUGCCUGGUGCUA